GCCCCGUCUCUUCCUCCUCCACAGACGUCGCUCUGUCAGCCCGGGUGGUGGUGUGUUACGUAACCGGCCGCGGCGUCUCUUCUCCGGUCAGAAUGGCAGCGAUCAGGACUCUCAGGAAACUGUGCCAACACUCCCAGCAUCAAGUCUGUAAACUACACACGUCCGCCUCGAGACAAGAAGCGGUGGUCAUCUCAGGAAAGAAACUAGCACGGCAGAUUCGAGAGGAGGCCCGCGGCGACGUGGAGAAAUGGGUUUUAGCCGGCCACAGGAGACCCCACCUGAGUGUGGUUCUGGUGGGAGAAAACCCAGCCAGUCACUCGUACGUCCUGAAUAAGACACGAGCUGCAGCUGAUGUCGGAAUCUCUAGUGAGACAAUUCUCAAGCACUCAGACAUCAGUGAGGAGGAGUUAUUGGACCUGAUCUACAAACUUAACACAGACCAUCGUGUGGAUGGGCUGCUGGUCCAGCUGCCACUGCCAGGUCACAUUGAUGAGCGCGCAAUCUGCAAUGCCGUUUCCCCUACCAAGGACGUGGACGGCUUCCACGUUGUAAAUGUGGGUCGCCUGUGCCUGGAUCAGUCCACCAUGCUCCCUGCCACUCCUUGGGGAGUCUGGGAAAUAAUUAAACGCACAGGUAUUCCUACUAUUGGGAAGAAUGUGGUGGUUGCAGGACGCUCCAAGAAUGUGGGCAUGCCCAUUGCCAUGUUACUGCAUACAGACGGAAGCCAUGAGAGGCCCGGAGGCGAUGCCACGGUCACCAUUUCUCACCGUUACACUCCAAAAGAGCAACUUAGCCAACACACUAAAAUCGCUGAUAUCAUCGUGGCUGCUGCAGGGAUUCCAAACCUCAUUACUUCGGAUAUGAUUAAAGAGGGAGCAGCGGUGAUUGACGUUGGAAUAAACAGAGUGCAGGACCCGGUCACCGGGAAGAGCAGACUGGUUGGAGAUGUGGAUUUUGAAGGCGUGAGACAGAAGGCGGGCUUCAUUACCCCUGUCCCCGGAGGUGUGGGACCCAUGACCGUGGCAAUGCUCAUGAAGAACACUAUCAAAGCAGCUAAGAACGUUCUGCUGUUUCCCCCAGAGAGGAUCCGCAUGGCGGCUGCGUCCUAAUGGGUCAAAGAAAAUCCUUGCAACAGCGACACAUUCCACCCACUCCAAACACUACCACCCUCAUUUUUUACCCGGAACAACCCGGCGAGCUCCCCUUGCACACGGACUGGAAAGAUGAUAGCUUUAAGACUCUUCCUGCUGACAUCUUUAACCUUUCCCAACUUCAAGUCCAGCCAUGUUUUGACUGUUACAUUCACUAAUGCUGCUGCGUCUUUUAUGUAACAUCAUUUUCAGUAUUUAUCAUUUGCAAUUUAUUUCUCUAGGGUUUUAAGGAAUACGGAAUCUUGAAAUGAUAUUUUAUUUAUUACUACAUUGACAUCAUAUUUAAACAUGAAUGGGGGCAGGUUACAGCAUUUAACACUCGGCUGGUACGCAAUUAAAGCCGAGUGUUUGACUGUUGGGAUUUUUUCAGUUAGUUAAGCCUUAUGUACCAAUAGUGAUAAGGGCUAACAUCAUCAGGAACAAGUAUGUUUAUGAAGCUUUAAAAAUUCACAAUUGCCUUUGUAAAAACUUUUAAAUAAAUAUUGCAAAUAUGUUCUCA